CGCUCUCCUUCCUUUCGCGCCGGUGGCUGUAGUGUGGCGGGUCCAUGUGCGCAGCUCGUCCCUAACUGCGGGUAGACACACACAGCGCCGACGCUCCUCUUGCUCUCUGACAACCACAGACAUGGACCCUAACAUCAUCAUCGAGUCCCUGCGGGGGACCAUGGACCCUGCUUUGCGGGAGGAGGCCGAGAGACAGCUCAACGAGUCUCAUAAGUCUGUGACUUUCGUGUCAACUCUUCUUCAGAUUACCAUGUCUGAGCAACUGGAUUUACCAGUAAGGCAAGCAGGUGUCAUUUAUUUGAAGAAUAUGAUUACUCAGUACUGGCCUGACCGAGAAGUUACACCAGGCGAGUUGCCCCCCCAUACCAUCCCUGAGGAAGAUCGUCACUUUAUUCGAGAAAACAUUGUAGAGGCAAUCAUUCAAUCUCCAGAGCUUAUCAGAGUUCAACUCACAACCUGUAUCCACCACAUCAUUAAACAUGAUUAUCCAAAUCGUUGGACUGCAGUUGUUGAAAAGAUAGGAUUUUACCUGCAGUCGGAAAACAGUGGUUGUUGGCUUGGUAUCCUCCUCUGUCUUUAUCAACUUGUGAAGAACUAUGAAUAUAAGAAGCCAGAAGAGAGAAGUCCACUCAUAGCUGCUAUGCAGCACUUUUUGCCAAUGCUGAAAGACCGUUAUAUUCAGCUGCUUGUUGACCAAUCUGAGCAGUCUGUCCUCAUCCAGAAACAGAUUUUCAAGAUCUUCUAUGCACUUGUGCAGUAUACUUUGCCUCUUGAGCUGAUUAACCAGCAGAAUCUGACUGAAUGGAUUGAGAUUCUGAAGACUGUUGUGGAUCGGGAUGUUCCUGCAGAAACUCUCCAGGUUGAUGAAGAUGACAGGCCAGAAUUACCCUGGUGGAAAUGUAAGAAGUGGGCUUUGCACAUAUUGGCAAGACUCUUUGAGAGAUAUGGAAGCCCAGGUAAUGUCUCCAAAGAAUACAAUGAGUUUGCUGAAGUCUUCCUCAAGGCCUUUGCUGUUGGUGUUCAGCAGGUUUUAUUGAAGGUUCUUUACCAAUACAAAGAGAAGCAUUACAUGGCUCCCAGAGUCUUGCAGCAGACGCUGAACUAUCUCAACCAAGGAGUGUCUCAUGCUGUUACAUGGAAAAACUUGAAGCCCCAUAUUCAGGGGAUUAUCCAAGAUGUCAUCUUUCCUUUAAUGUGCUAUACAGACUCUGAUGAAGAAUUGUGGCAGGAAGAUCCAUAUGAAUACAUCCGCAUGAAAUUUGAUGUCUUUGAGGAUUUCAUCUCCCCAACAACUGCUGCCCAAACGCUACUUUUUACAGCUUGCAGCAAAAGGAAAGAGGUUUUGCAAAAGACAAUGGGCUUUUGUUACCAGAUCCUUACAGAACCAGCAGCAGAUCCUCGUAAGAAAGAUGGAGCCUUGCAUAUGAUUGGCUCUAUGGCUGAAAUAUUAUUAAAAAAAAAAAUCUACAAAGACCAGAUGGAGUUCAUGUUGCAAAACCAUGUUUUCCCUCUUUUUAGUAGCGAGCUUGGUUACAUGAGAGCACGGGCCUGCUGGGUUCUUCACUACUUCUGCGAGGUAAAGUUUAAGAAUGAUCAGAACCUGCAGACAGCCCUAGAACUGACCAGAAGAUGUUUGAUUGAUGACAGAGAGAUGCCUGUAAAGGUGGAAGCUGCUAUUGCUCUCCAAGUUCUUAUCAGCAAUCAAGAUAAAGCCAAGGAAUAUAUAGCUCCGUUUAUCAGGCCUGUAAUGCAGGCUUUGCUGCACAUAAUCAGGGAGACUGAAAAUGAUGACCUUACCAAUGUAAUUCAGAAAAUGAUAUGUGAAUACAGUGAGGAAGUUACUCCCAUUGCUGUAGAGAUGACACAACAUUUGGCAAUGACCUUUAACCAAGUGAUUCAGACAGGACCUGAUGAGGAGGGCAGUGAUGAUAAAGCAGUGACAGCCAUGGGGAUCCUAAAUACUAUCGACACUUUACUCAGUGUUGUAGAAGAUCACAAAGAGAUUACUCAGCAGCUGGAGGGAAUCUGCCUGCAAGUGAUUGGAACCGUUCUACAGCAGCAUGUUCUAGAGUUUUAUGAAGAGAUAUUCUCCUUGGCCCACAGCCUAACCUGUCAGCAAGUCUCUGCCCAGAUGUGGCAGCUGCUGCCCCUUGUGUUUGAGGUCUUCCAGCAAGAUGGUUUUGAUUACUUCACAGAUAUGAUGCCUCUCUUACAUAACUAUGUCACUGUGGAUACAGAUACCCUUUUGUCCGAUACCAAAUUCUUGGAAAUGAUUUACAGUAUGUGUAGAAAGGUACUUACAGGAGUUGCCGGAGAAGAUGCUGAAUGCCAUGCAGCCAAGCUGCUGGAAGUAAUUAUUUUGCAGUGUAAAGGGCGUGGUAUUGACCAGUGUGUACCAUUAUUUGUGGAGGCUGCCCUGGAGAGGUUAACUAGAGAAGUGAAAACAAGUGAGCUGAGAACAAUGUGCCUGCAAGUUGCCAUCGCUGCUUUAUACUACAGUCCUCCCCUUCUUCUAAAUACCCUUGAAAAUCUUCGCUUCCCCAAUAAUGUUGAACCAGUCACAAACCACUUCAUUAAACAGUGGCUCAAUGAUGUUGACUGCUUCCUAGGAUUGCACGAUCGGAAGAUAUGCGUACUUGGCUUGUGUGCACUUAUAGAUCUUGAACAAAGGCCCCAGGUGUUAAAUCAGAUAUCCUCACAAAUCUUACCGGCUUUCCUCCUCUUGUUUAAUGGACUCAAAAGAGCUUAUGCCUGCCAUGCAGAGCAAGAAAAUGAUAGUGACGAUGACGAAGAUGGAGAGGAAGACGACGAAGCUGAAUUAGGAAGCGACGAGGAUGACAUUGAUGAAGAUGGGCAAGAAUACUUGGAACUACUAGCAAAACAGGCUGGAGAAGAUGGGGACGAUGAAGAUUGGGAGGAAGAUGAUGCUGAAGAGACUGCGCUAGAGGGCUAUACAACGCUUAUUGAUGACGAGGACACCCCUGUUGAUGAAUAUCAAAUAUUUAAAGCUAUAUUUCAAAAACUUCAAAGUCGUGAUCCUGUAUGGUAUCAGGCGCUUACUCAAGGACUCAACGAAGAACAAGGGAAACAGCUACAAGACAUUGCAACAUUGGCAGAUCAGAGGCAGGCAGCUCAUGAAUCCAAAAUGAUUGAGAAACAUGGUGGCUACAAGUUCAAUGCUCCAGUUGUGCCAAGUUCAUUCAAUUUCGGAGGCCCUGCCCCAGGAAUGAAUUGAGCUCUCAUUUCCUUUCCUGCUAACGUGUGACUGAUUUGUAGUGAAAAAAAAAGCUUGUGUUCCUCCCACUAGUGGUUCCAGAACUGGUUAAUGUUAUCUGAAGAUCACGCUAGCGUACUUAUAACUUUGCGAUCAUAUGUCGGAAUCUGGAAAGUGAGAGACCUGAUCGUGCAACCUGGCCCAGGGACAGCAAAGGGUUUAUUAUUUUUUUCCUUUGAAGGUAGUAAGAGCUCGGCUUCCAAGCUUCAAAAACACACUGAGGAAAUCUGAAGCCUGAGGGGAGAUGUCAUGAAGGCAGCUUUGUUUUUCUGCAGAAAAAUAAACCAUAAAUAUGGACAGCGGGACUAUUUAAUAUCUUAAAGUACACGAGGGCCAAUUCAUAUUUUACUUUACAAAUUUUAGUGUACUAGCAUUUGCCAUAUUUCUUGCCUCGGGUGACCAUUCUUUUAUUGUAACAUUGAGGCAAUGUAAUAGCCUUACUGAGGCAAUUUCCAUUUCCAAAUAUAUUUGACUGUUCCUAAAGUAGAAUGUCGAACACUUGUAGCACUACACAUGUAAAUGAACAGCACUUUUAUAAUGAAAGUAUCCUGCUCACCCUAUUUGCUGUUUAUACAUAAGAAUAAGGGAUGAACUAGGGACAGAUUCAAGUCUAAUGAAUAAUUUAAAAUGAACUAGCUGUUUUUUAUCUGGUGACUUCUUGGAGAAUUCACCCCCUGAUUGUGACUUGAAUUUGGUUAUGUACAAAUGGGUAAUAUUUCAUUGCUGCUACAAUUGGCAACACCCUCUGUGUCCUUUUUAUUUUUGUUUUCUUUUCUUUCUUAAAGUUCUAAAUGUACUCAAUGAAUUUGGAUACAAAACAGUAAAUGUUAAGCACUGAGAUGGAAACCAUUUCUUCUGAAGCAUGUGAAAUUGGACCUGAAGCUCUACUCUUAAAGAGUUUGAUUGAACUGUGUGGAUGAAACAUCUAUAUAUGCAAUCUAUUAAAAAAGGAAAUGAAUUCGGCUAAA